GGGUAAAGACAGAAGGGUGAAUAUUUUUAAAAAGUGGGAGACCUUUGACAGUAGAUCUAAUCCAUAAUCAGUAAGAACCGCUGGUUAAUAGGAUAUUCUACAAAAGUCAAAAACGGGCAAGGACCUAUCUAAAGAAAGGUGUCUGGGAGCGUUUUGAGUGCUUUUUUAUCGUUUUUAUUACUAAAUCACAAUUUGUAUAUCCAGUAAGAUAAACGAUUACAUAAGCAUUAUUAAAGGAGAAUUCGGCCACAAAAACACUGAACUUUUUGGAAAUUGCCAAAAGAAACCUGGACAUAUGGGCUAGCCAAUAAAACCGUAAACUUUUGUUGACUUUUUUAGUUUAUUAAGAAACUUACGAUUGACUGACCAGAUUAACACACCGUUAACCGAGUUAACAGAUAAAUAAGCGGAUGUUAAUUUUGGGUGUUAAAGUAUACGACGUCGUUUCAUCUCUUUGUCUGAUUAAAGACAAACGACGUCGUUUAUAUAGGUUUGUUAUUAAAAAUAUGGAUUUCCAACGGGUCGAACUCGUAUACUCGGGUUUAAUGGUCGGGUUUUUUGCCACUGAGCUAGUGGACUUUGCAAUAGAUUUACAAAUACAGUUUGUUUUAUUCUCUUCGAAUCCGAGUUAAAAGACAAAUAAAUGAAACGACGCGUUUUAUAUAGCAUUUUUAUUAAAAAGAUGGGCUUCCAUCGGCUCGAACUCGUGCACUCGGGUUUAAUGGUAGGGGUUUUUGCCACUGAGCUAGUGGACUUUGCAAUAGAUUUACGAACACAAUUUUUUUUAUUCUCUUUGAAUCCGAGUUAAAUGAAUCAAAAAGAAAUGACGGCGUUUUCUCCUCUGAUUGGUAUAAACCUUAAAUUCCCAAAAUCAUAAAUCCAGUUCGCGAUUCAAGCUCGAUUCUCUUCGAUCUCGUCCUUAAGAAUCUCGAUUCUCACCUUUCCUUCUUCGAGUAUCGCAUGAUGAGUUCGGGUUGUGAGGAUUCGUCUGUGAAUACGAUGGGAAUUCGUGGUAUCCCGGAGCAAUGCGGGUGUGGUCGAAGAACUGGGAUAUACACAUCAAAAACGAAGGUCAAUCCAGGAAGAACUUUCUUUAGAUGCCCAACGUUUCAAAAUGAUCACUUGUAUAAAUGGGUAGAUGAAGCUGUCUACGAAGAGGUUCAAGAUGCAUUGCCAAAAGUUGAGUGCUUUGCAUCAGAUGUUAUGAAAAUUAAAAGGGAGAUCGAAAGCAUGAAAACCGUGGAGGAAGAGUUGAAAGAAGAUGUCUGGAAGGCGAGCAAUGAACUUAAGAAGCUGAAUGUGAUCAUGAAAGUGGGUUUUCUGGUGGUUUGUUUAGGCGUUGUGAUAUGUCUUGUGUUGAUCAUGUUUGACAAAGCAGAUGGGUUGUCUUUGAAUAGCUAAUAGGAGACUCUGUUUAUGUAAUGGUAAUGGUUUCAGUAAGGUUUUAAGACUAUGU